CAGGUCUAAUGAGUCAUGACACGAGCAUCCCCUCCCACGCUCCAUCCCCCCUCCUCCUCCUCCACGCCGAGCGCCUUUUUAUUGGAGGCGCUUCUCCUCCUCCUCCUGCAGCCGCCACAGGAGCGAGGAGGAGCCGGCCAGGAGCAGCUCUCCCGCCGCAUUGGAUGGCAAAUGAGCUCCGAGAAGAAGAUGACUGCUCCAACUCCUCGUCGUCUUCUGCUGCUGCUGCUGCUGCUGGCAGGAAAUCAAGCGCUUCCAACAGGGAGCGACGCGCAGAGAGAAGAUGUGGUGACGAGAUGUUUGAUGGAAGUUCUGUCCAAGGCUCUCUCCAAACCCGACGCUCAGCUGGAUCAGGAAUGCAAGGACAUCCUCCAAGCAGGGGUGAAACAUGCACCGCUGGACAAGAAGAGCAACGAAGCCCACCAUGAGGAGGAGAAGAACGAUCACGGAGAUGAGCCCGAGGCCAAAGGCGCGGACAUGCAAGACAUCCAAGCCCUCCUUAAGUCCGUGGAACCCAAGAGGGACAACCUGGAGGAUGAGCACAGUCAGGAAUCCUGGAGUUUGGAGAAGAGACACCAGGAGGACAAUGCAGAAGAGGAGGAAGAGAGAGAAAAGAGGAGCAGCUGGAGGCCUGGAAGGUACCACCUGAAGAAGCACAAACGAGAUGAGGAGGCAGAAGAGGAGCCGGAUGAUGACGGAGAGCGCAGCCAAGAGUCCUGGGAUUUGGUGAAAAGGUACGGCGACGAUGAAGAGGAGCGGUACAAGCGCAUCUGGAAGCCCAGGCAUCGCUAUCACCACAAGAAGAAGCUCCACAAACGUGGCAACGACGCUUCAGAUGAAGAGGACUACGAAGAACGCAGCCAGGAAUCCUGGGGUCUUGACGACGAGAGGGACAAGAGGGACUGGAGGCCUGGGAGGUACCACCAGAGGAGACACAAAAGGGAUGAGGAACUCUCAGAGGAAGCCAGGGAGGAUUCCGAUGAGGAACGCAGCCAGGAAUCCUGGGAUUUUGACACUGGGAGAGAUAAAAGAGACUGGAGACCUGGGAGGUACCACCAGAAGAGUCACAAACGGGAUGAGGAACCCGAUGAGGAACGCAGUCAAGAAUCCUGGGAUUUUGACAAGCGAGACUGGAGACCUGGGAGGUACCACCAGAGGAGACACAAGCGUGACGAAGAACUCUCCGAAGACGCCAAAGAGGAACCAGACGAGGAACGCAGCCAAGAAUCCUGGGAUUUUGACACUGAUAGAUACAAGAGAGACUGGAGACCUGGGCGAUACCACCAGAGAAGACACAAGCGGGAUGAGGAACUCUCAGAGGAAGCCAGAGAGGAUCCAGACGAGGAACGCAGCCAGGAAUCCUGGGAUUUUGACAAGAGAGACUGGAGGCCUGGGAGGUACCACCAGAAGAAGCACAAGCGCGACGAGGAACUUUCAGAGGAGAAGGGGGAGGAGUCGGAUGGAGAGCGCAGUCAGGAGUACUGGGCCUUUGACGGUGAAAACGUACAGAAGCGCAUAUGGAAGCCCAGGCAUCGGUACCACCACAAGAAGAAAUACCACAAGCGUGGAGGGGAAUCAACAGAUGAAGAAGAUCUGAGAGGUGAUUCUGUGGAAUCUGAUGAAGACAGAAGUGAAGUUCUGAGGUAUCUUCCAGACAAGCGCAAUCCGUGGAUCUCGCGAGGCUUCUACCACCCCGCCUGGUACAAGAGGGAUGCGGAAGGUCACGCUACACCAAACAAGAUGGAGGAGGUGGCCAAGCUGCUGCGCUACAAGCUCAACCAGCUGGCCGGCCAGGAGGGGCCCGAGGGCGACGUGCGGCCGAUGGCUCUCACCGCGCAGGAGGAGAAAGCGCUGGAAAACCUGGCGGCCAUGGAUGCUGAGCUGAAGAAAAUUGCUGCUAAGUUGCAUGAGAAGAAAGAAUGAGCUUUGUAGAAAAACACAACAAAAAGAAAGUGCUGUUUAAGUGUCACGUCUUCCGUGUUAAUGUGUUUAAAAAAGCUUGUCUUUGUGCUGUUUUGAUGUGAUCUCCUGCAACCAGCAUGGGAAUGUUUUCGAUGUUUCUAUAGAAAGUAUCUCGUGACGUCUGCCCCGUUCGUCAUCAAUAAAAAAGGAAUUGUGGGACCAAACACGUGUCUUUCCUGACA